AUUUGGUAGUGCACAUAGAUAUGUAAAGGUUUGUAUCUCGAGUUAGACGUAGGGCAUGUUGAAUUUAGCGUGCGUGGAUUUGUAAAGAACAAUAUUAUAAUUAUUACAUCAAUGUUCGUUUCAUAAAAUAUAGUACUGGCGUUAGAGCUACAUCCAUAGCAGUAUGAGUGACGAAAAUAAAAGAGGACAAAAAAGGAAAAAGAAAAAUUACUAUCGAACUUUGCCAAAAAAGGGAAGAAGAGGACAUCUCGAGCCUGGGAUGAAAGGUUUUCUGGUGACAUGUAAUAACAAAGAAAGAGAAUGUAUAAGAGAAGCUUAUAACGUGCUUAAUGAAUAUGCUGAUAAAAUAUAUGGCCCUGAAAUGUGUCAUGGAGAUGUUUCUGAUGACCACGACAUACAAGACUUGUUAGAAAAAGAGCUUCAAGCACUUCAAAAGACCAACAAGACUGAACGGCGUUUUCAGCAGGUGGAUACCAAUGUCAAGAACUGUUUGUUUAUUGAGACUAAAGUUAUUGACCCCUGUCAACUAGUUUCUACCAUCUUGGACGAUAUCAGGAGCACUCAGAAGCAAAAGACGAGAUAUCUCUUACGAAUGAUUCCUGUGUCGGCAACAUGUAAGGCUUUUGUGGAGAACAUAAAAAAAUCUGUGUCUGUGGUACUGGAUGAGUAUCAAGACUCAUGGAGAAGACAUGUUGGAGAAGACAAUUCUUCUCCUUCAUUUGCUAUAAUCUUUAAGGCUAGACACAAUAAUAGUCUUAGCAGAGAAGAAGUUAUACGAGCGGUACUACAAGUGACAAAGGUGAAAAAACCCGAUUGGCAGCCUGACUUGAAGGAUCCUCUUUUAGUAAUAUUGGUUGAAGUAGUCCAGUCAGUUUGUUGUUUAAGUAUACUGAAGAACUAUUUCUUCUUUAGGAAAUAUAACCUUAUAGAGUUAUUAAGGUCUCCGUGUUUACAGUCCCUCACUAGAGAGGAAUGCACCCAAGGAACAGAAAAACAAGACACUGGACAAAAUGAAAUAUGUGUCAAUGAAAAAACAGAUAUGACGGGCAUUGAAUCAAAACAGAGUGAAUUAGAAACUUCAAAAGACACGGGUCAUUCUAACGAUAUUCCCAUACUUGAUGAUACCGACUCUUUCAAAUCACCCAUAACUAGCAAAGGAGAAAAAAUUUCUGAUGUGUAGUGUGAGAAGAACAGUGAAUAAGAUGCAUGAUUUAGAAUAAAUAUCAAUGAAAACUAAUAAUGACCAGAUUUUGAAUUUCAGUGUAACAAGAAAAAUCAGUUUUAUUUCCUAAUAAAAAAAUUGGUUCUAAUGCACUGACCAGCUUGUGAAGUUUGUGUAAGCACUGCAUCUCUGUUGUAGUUAUAUCUAACACUACUUUAGUCAAGUCAAACGAACCUUCAACCAAGCAGGUUAUGGUGUAUUGAACCUUUUUGUGUGCUUCGUUUGCUUUAAUAAAAAUAUAUAUAAAAAAACAGUUAAAAGUAUGGUUAUAAUGAAAAUGGUUUUUCCUAACUACUAAGCAUUACUGUGUAUACGAUGCAAGUGAUUUCGUCUACAUUAUUAAAAAGCACCACCUAAUACAGUGGCUGCACUGUAACAGAAAAAGUUUGUAAUAAAAUUUACCACUAGGAAAAUUGAAA